CCGAGACGCCAUUUUCGGCGGCGGGAGCGGCGGAGCCAGAGCAGAGCUGGAGCCGGAGAGCGCUGGGCGGCGGCUACGGGGAGGAGCCGCGGGGGACAGCGCUCGCGGGCGGCCGAGGAUGCUGCGGGGCGGCCGCGCCAGCGCCCCUCGCUCGUGACCGCGGCGCCGCUCCUGAGGCAGCCGAGGCGGAGGGCCCCGCGCGUUCCUGCCCCGCGCACGCGCCCCGCGACCUCCGGGUGCUGACAGCGCGAGCGCGCGGCCCCGCGGGAGCAGCACGAAUGUAUGACAACAUGUCCACGAUGGUGUAUAUAAAGGAAGACAAGUUGGAGAAGCUUACACAGGAUGAAAUUAUUUCUAAGACCAAGCAAGUGAUUCAGGGGCUGGAAGCUCUGAAGAAUGAGCAUAAUUCCAUUUUACAGAGUUUACUGGAAACACUGAAGUGCUUGAAGAAAGAUGAUGAAAGUAACCUGGUGGAGGAGAAAUCAAACAUGAUCCGGAAGUCACUGGAAAUGCUGGAGCUUGGCCUGAGCGAGGCACAGGUUAUGAUGGCUUUGUCCAAUCACCUGAAUGCCGUCGAGUCGGAGAAGCAGAAGCUGCGUGCACAGGUUCGGCGCCUGUGCCAGGAGAACCAGUGGCUGCGGGAUGAACUGGCCAACACGCAGCAGAAAUUACAGAAGAGCGAGCAGUCUGUGGCUCAGCUGGAGGAAGAAAAGAAGCAUCUGGAAUUCAUGAAUCAGUUAAAAAAAUAUGAUGAUGACAUCUCUCCAUCCGAGGACAAAGACACUGAUUCCACCAAAGAACCUUUGGAUGACCUUUUCCCAAAUGACGACGAUGAACCCGGUCAAGGAAUCCAGCAGCAGCACAGCAGCGCGGCGGCGGCGGCACAGCAGGGCGGCUACGAGAUCCCGGCGCGCCUGCGCACUCUGCACAACCUGGUCAUCCAGUACGCCUCCCAGGGACGCUACGAGGUUGCCGUACCGCUCUGCAAGCAGGCCCUGGAAGACCUGGAGAAGACGUCUGGCCACGACCACCCCGACGUGGCCACCAUGCUCAACAUCCUGGCCCUGGUGUACAGAGACCAGAAUAAAUACAAAGAUGCCGCAAAUCUACUGAACGAUGCCUUGGCCAUCCGUGAGAAAACUUUGGGCAAAGAUCAUCCAGCGGUGGCGGCCACUCUGAAUAACCUUGCAGUGCUGUACGGCAAGAGAGGGAAGUACAAAGAGGCCGAGCCGCUGUGUAAAAGAGCCCUGGAGAUCAGAGAAAAGGUUUUGGGAAAGGAUCACCCUGAUGUUGCUAAACAGUUGAAUAACUUGGCCUUACUGUGCCAGAAUCAGGGCAAGUAUGAAGAAGUGGAAUAUUAUUAUCAAAGAGCCCUCGAGAUCUACCAAACAAAACUGGGGCCUGAUGACCCCAAUGUGGCCAAAACGAAAAAUAACCUGGCCUCUUGCUAUCUGAAGCAAGGAAAAUUCAAGCAAGCAGAAACCCUGUACAAAGAGAUUCUCACUCGCGCACAUGAAAGGGAGUUCGGUUCUGUGGAUGAUGAAAAUAAACCCAUUUGGAUGCACGCUGAAGAAAGAGAAGAAUGCAAAGGAAAGCAAAAGGACGGAACAUCUUUUGGAGAAUAUGGCGGCUGGUACAAAGCCUGCAAAGUUGAUAGUCCAACCGUUACAACUACUUUGAAAAACCUCGGGGCACUUUACAGACGUCAAGGCAAAUUCGAAGCUGCUGAGACAUUGGAGGAAGCAGCCAUGAGGUCCCGUAAACAGGGUCUUGACAAUGUUCACAAACAGAGAGUAGCCGAAGUGCUGAAUGACCCUGAGAACAUGGAGAAGCGGAGAAGCCGGGAGAGCCUGAAUGUGGACGUGGUCAAGUACGAGAGCGGCCCUGACGGAGGGGAGGAAGUGAGUAUGAGCGUAGAGUGGAACGGGGACGGCACUGGAUCUUUAAAGCGCAGUGGCUCCUUUAGCAAACUCCGGGCUUCCAUUAGACGCAGCAGUGAGAAGCUGGUUAGGAAGCUGAAGGGAGGAAGUUCUCGAGAGAGUGAGCCGAGGAACCCCGGCAUGAAGCGUGCCAGUUCUCUGAAUGUCCUUAACGUGGGUGGCAAGGCAGCCGAAGACCAUUUCCAAGAACGAAACGGUCGUCUGGCAGACUCGUGAGCUCUGAGCGCCAGCCGCGCUGACCUGGCCCCCUGAGGGUCGAGGCAGAGCUCGAUAAGAAGCCCCCAGAGCUUUGCAGGUCCCUCCCCACUCUGCCCAGGACCCUCCUCCCUGGUGACUUCUUUUUCUAGAUAGUGACCUCUCCCACCUCAUGGGGGAUUUGCUCCGAAUUCUGGUGAGCUGUCUGUAGGCCUUGUGACCGAGAGCGGCCGGGUGUGGCGGCCCAGGGUGGCACGCAUGGCGCCAGCAGCCUCCGCACAUUUGGGAUCGGCCGCUGCUCCCGGACACUUGUACUUUCUGCUGCCGUGCCUGGGUCUGUUUUAAAUUUUAGUACUGUAUGAAGGCUGCUAAUUAAAACCCAGGAACCUUUAAACUGCAUCCUUCUAGACUGAGCGUUUGAUGACCUGGGCUGUGGUGCCUGGAGUUCAGACAGUGGGUGCUCAGAGCCAGGUGGCACAGGUGACCUGCUGGUGGGGGCGGGUCUCUGCUGAGACCGCGUGGCACAUGCGCUCGUUCUGCUGGACGCGUGUGGGUCCCCGGGGCCUGUGUCCCCUCUCCUGGGCCCUGUACGCUAAGCAUGUAGGGAUGCAGGGUGGCAGGAAGGUUCCCCAGUCAGCCCUAAGGCGUUAUCCCUCGAGGGCAUCUGCCAGACUAACUGGCAGGUGAAAAGUACUGACCCGGUGUUUGUAAUUCCGGACGACAGAGCUGUGGGAAGGGGCGCAUCGCGACGGUGAGCUGGACGGCGACUUGUCACCUACCUCUGAGGGUGCCUGAAGCCCUUGGGGCGCCUGUGAAAUGCUGCAGCUUUGCACUUUAUUUUAAUGUCAUCUUACAGCUGGUGUCACACAAGGGCAUGUGUUUGCCCCCAGCCCCCUUCUCAGAAACUGCACUCUGCUGGGGUCUGUGCUCACCAGGGACCCUCCUGGGGGGGGGGGAGCACACAGGACACCCCCCCCCCCCGAACUCGCUAUACAGACUCCCUGGGCAUGUCCCCGGGGGCACCCCCCCCGAGUGCGUGUUCUUCAGGCCAGCCGUGGACUUGGGGCUGCGGGCUGGGGGCAGCAGCCGCCUGGGGUUUGGGGACUCUGUUACAAGCGUCCUGCGAUGAUUCAAGAGCACGCGGCCUAGACCACUUGUUCGGACCCUGCUCGCUCGUGCCCGGAGACCAGUGCGCGGUGCCCGGGCCGGGCCUCGCCUCCUUCCUCCGUCUGGGCUGUGCAGCCUCCGGCUCUUCCACAUGUUCUCCACCCUGCAGGCUGAGGCUGCCGCCGACGGACAUGCGUGUCCGCGUGUGCACCGUGCACGGACGUUCCCGUUUGAGGGGUGGGGGCAGGGUGGGGAGCAUGGCGUCGCCCGUCCUCCCUCAGAAGGGCUCCUCUCCCAGCCAUGACACUGACCCAGUACAUUUGAAACCUACCCACUUUCCCUUCGGGACACUUCUCCCCGCAGAGAGGGCAUUCGGGAAGAGUGCACGAGGGGGUGGGGGUGGAUUUAAGCUCCCAUUAGGUGGGAACAGGUGGCCCCGCCUGUGAGCCGCCAGCCCCCUUCCCUGAAGGCCCAGGUUGCCUUUGCGGGGCUGUGAGGACCCACACAGCCUCCUUACGCCCAGGUCGUGAGAAACCCUCAUGUUUCAGAGGGGACACUGCCCGGAAACGUGUAAUUUCUGAUUUUUGAACUUUUAUCAAAACAAACGAGCCCGGUUGUCUCUGCUCA